AUGGAGGGAGAUCAGCAGUUGAGGUCUCCCCUUGUGGAGGUGAUCUGGGAGGCCCAUCUGGCCGGUCUGGCUGGGGGCGGGAGAGGGGGACUCGGAGUCGGCAGGGGGUCAGUGGUCGUCUGGGCCUGGUCCUCUGAUGGAGUCAGCUCUCUGGGCUGCCGAACCUCAGAUGGAAGGAAACAUUCUAAUUUUCCAGGUGUCAGGCUGAAUCCUAAGAAGAUCUACGAGUAUAAAUAUGAAGGUCUGGUGAACUUCAGCCUCGGGAUGCCGGACCUGGCCGAGUCCGGAGUGAAAAUGUCGUGCAACGUGAGCAUCAGUGGAGUGCCAAUGAUGAAGUUGUUCGCCCUGACGGUUUCUAAUUUGACCUUCCAGGAAUUCAACGGUUUCCCAGAUGAAGACGAUUACAUUUUGUCUCCGAACCUCACCCAGACGAUCUCCUCCCACUUCUCCAAGCCCUUCCUGUUCAACUACACCGGUGGACACGUCAGAGAAAUUAAGGCCAGCGCCGAGGUUUCUGAAACGGCGGUGAACAUCGUCAGAGGAAUCCUGGAUUUCUUACAGGUCACCGUGAAAAGCACCCAGAAGUUCUACGAGCUGGAAGAGAUUGGGAUCUAUGGAAAGUGUCAAAGUAACUACACUGUUGAGGAACUCCAGAACAAUGAGUGGAAUGUCACCAAGGUGGUGGACGUCAACAACUGUGAGGAGAAAGCCGCCGUCUACCGGGGGAUGGCCACUGCUGUGCCUGACAAAACCUCCCAACAGAGAGGACAGUCUAUCGUUUCCACGGUGACGUACGUCUACACGGUGAAGCCCACGGCGGAUGGAGGGCUCAUCACAGAAGUCUACAGCCUGGAGACACAGCACUUCAGCCCCUUCAACGUGAUGGGAGGCAGCUUCAAGAUGCAAGCCACGAAGAAGCUGGAACUGCUCAGUCAGACAGCAGUUGAAGGAGGCACCAUUGGCCCGAUGGAGAGCCGAGGAGAUCUGGUCUACAAGGUCAACGCAGAAGCUAACAUUCCCCUCAUGAUGCAGAACCUGACAAACUCGACUCUAAAGGCCGUGGAGCUGAUCAAGCAUCUGGCUGCUGCUAAUAAUCACACGAUCAACAGUUCAACCACUCAGGACACGGUGAAGCUGUUCCAGCUGCUCAGAGUGACGCCGUAUGAAGGACUAGAAGAGAUGUGGAAGCAGCUGAAAGAAGACCCAGAGGAAAGACGUUGGUUUUUGGACACCAUUGUUGAGAUCAGUGAUGCCAGAAUCCUGAAAUUCCUGGAAAACAGGUUUAAGAAUGCAAAUCUUUCUGCCAACGAGGCUCUGCAGACCUUCCUGGUGGCCAUUAAUCAUCUGAAGGCCAAUCAGGAGUUGGUGGAGAUGGCCAAAAGGUUCCUCAACAUGCCUUUCAGUAAAUCCAACAUCUAUCUGUGGCACACUGUGGUUCUUUCCUACGGCUCUCUGGUCUACAAACACUGUGCUUAUAACACAGCUUGUCCAGCAUCUGAUGUUAAGCCCCUGUUGGACAUGGCCAUGGAUGCUCUGAAAAGUGGAAACCAUGAAGACCAGAUCCUGGCUCUGAAAGCUCUGGGGAAUGCGGGUCAUCCAGGCAGCAUUAAAACCAUCGAGCGCUUUCUGCCAGGAGUUGCAGCGAAUUACGUGGAUCUGCCGCCUCGGGUUCAGAGUGCCGCCGUUCAGUCCAUGAGGCUCAUCGCCGCCAGAGACCCUCACCGUGUCCAGGAGAACACCAUAAGUCUGUUCCUGCAGAAGAAUCUCACCGCUGAGAUCCGGAUGUUGGCCCUCAUGAUCCUGUUCGACACCAAGCCAUCGAUGGAACUCAUUUCCACGGUCACCGGCCACUUAAUGGAAGAAAAAGACCUGCAUGUCAGCAGCUUCGCCUACUCUUACCUGCAAAGCUUCACCAGAUCCAAGACUCCAGACAACCACUUUCUCUCGACCGCCUGCAGUGAUGCCUUGAAAAUCCUGACUCCUAAAUUCGGUCGGCUCAGCUACAGCUACAGCCAGGCCAGACGGAUGGACUGGUUCAACGAUGAUUUCCUAAUCGGCCCCACUAGUGAAGUCUUCAUGCUGAGAAAUGCGACCAACAUCUUCCCCACUGAGUUCAUGACAAAAGGGAAAAUUUAUGUCAUCGGUAGAAUUCUACAGCUGAUGGAGGUCGGUUUCCGUGCUGAGACAAUUCAGCAACUGUUUGGCGACUCCAUUCCUGGAUUCAAAGGAGACUUUAGUUUCAGCGACAUACAGGCUGUUUUCAAUGUGCUUACAAAGUGGGAAGAUCUGCCAGAUGAUCAGCCCAUUAUUUCUGCUUUUACUCGAGCCUCUGGACAGGAGUGGUUCUUUGCGGAUAUCAACAAAUCACUCAUUCGGAGUGUCGUCAAGGCUCUCAACGUUUCUGCAGGGAAAGAUACUUCUCUGUGGACGAUGAUGGAGAAUCUUCAGAAAGGGUAUUCAUGGCGUUGGACCAAACCUUUCCUGAUCUUUGAGGCUCGGUACUUCCAGGCCACCACUGUGGGUCUGCCACUGGAGAUCAGCAAAUAUUACCAGAGUGUCACUGGAGUCUCAGUUAACGCCACGGCUGUAAUAAAUCCUCCACCUAGUGAGCAUCUUGGACAGCUGUUGAAGUCUAACAUUUCCCUGGAAACCGAUGGCUCUGUUGGCUUCACGAAGGACUUCUGGAUGUUCUAUGGCAUCAACACUGAGUUCUUCCAGUGUGGUUACGAGUCUAUCACCAAAAUUCCUGUCAGUGCUCCGUGGAAUUUCACCGCUAAUAUCAAUGUAGCACAAAAGAAAUUUGAGUUUGACUUUCCACCGUGCAACAAAGAGACUGAAUUCUUCUCAGUCAGCUCCAACGUUUACGCAGUUUCCAGGAACAUCGAAGAACCAACUUUGCCCAAAAUUACACCAAUUGUCCGCAACACUACAGAUUCUAAUGAACAGACCCAGACAUCAAACAUCUGGCAUCCAAAAAACCACAGUUGUGUGGAGAGUCAGAUCUACAAAGCUGAAAUCUGUAUGGAGUCUGAGAUGAGGAGGCAGUAUUACAACGAGGAAUAUCCUCUCUCCUACUUCCUGGGUUACACUGAAAUGGCCGUCAAACUAGUCCCAGCCAAGAAAAGCAGACCUGUGGACAGAAUCCACUUGGAGGUAAACGCCGGCCCCAGCACACAUCUGAUGAACGCCCGCCAGCUGCUGGAGACUCUAAGGAGUUUUUCUCAGGAUGCAGCCCAGAGAGUCGCCGUUUCCUCAGAUUCAGCCACCAGAGGAACUCGACGAAGCUCACGAGACGUCGUGACAGACGGUUUAGACUCAACUCCUGAAGCUUUGUUCAACGUUAAACUCUUUGCCCUGAGCGGCGACCAGAAGCCUGAAGGGUUCGACGCCAUCAUGUACAACUCAUCUGAAGGAAACAGUCGGAACGCUGAGCUGAUCAUAUCGCAGGUUGGAGAAGAUGUCAACUGGAAGAUGUGCGUCGACAUGGCGAUGAGUAACGGCGUCGAGACAAAGGCUAACAUCAGUUGGGGAGCUGAAUGUCAGACCUACGAGCUGUGGAUGGAAGCUGCUGUGAACCCUUCCAGUGCCAGACCGGCGUUUAACGGCACGGUUCACUGGAUCAGAAUCCCAGAGUACCUGGAGGAGUACGGCAGCAGGAUUGAAAGCUACGUCCCUCAUGUGGCGUUGCUGUUGGGCUUCGACCAGGAAAACGAGGUGAACGCCCAUCAGGAGGUCUCUGCUUCGGUCGUUGCUGCCUCAGCAGAUGGCUUCGAUGUGAAGAUUAGAUUUCCAAAGUACACGGUGCACCGGGAGGCCGUUCCAUUUCCUCUGGUAGCCUCCAGCAGCUUCAACGCUUCAGGAACUCAACCAUAAUCUGGACAAAAACAUAAAAGCCCAGAGGGAAUCCAGACGCCUCAGUCCUGAUGGAAGAGAACCAUGAAAUAUGAAUUACUAAUGCUCCACAUGUUUGGAAAUCACCUCCAAGAGUCCGGAUUUAUCCAUUUAAAGCAGGUCAACGUUGUUUUAUCAUCAUCUUACCCCAUCUAACCCUAACCAGAAAUUAACCUUCAAAAUGUAAAAGUCUGUGCUUGUCCUGAUUAAAAUGCAGUGAAGAAAACACA